AUGACGGCUAUAGCCCUCCUGUGCUUAUGUGCGCUCACCAUCCUCUCGCGAGAGGCUUUGGCUGGAUACAGACCUCGCCCGCCUCUUGCCGGUGGCGCAGGCCGUGGCUUCGGCCCCGGAGGGCGUGGCCCCGUUCCCUAUGGAGCGGGCGGCCCCGGGCGCUUCGGACCAGGUGGGCAGGGCCCAGGUGGUAUGCGCGGUCCCGGUGGCCUUAUGGGAGCAAGGGGACCUGGCCCUGUUAUUCCACCUAGCCUUAGUGGCCCGGGGAGUCAAAUGGGGGUGCCCCCUGCAGGAGGAGCCCACGCAGGAAUUCCCGGAGGGAUGCCAGCGGGAGGGCGCUUUGACUUCUCUUCCGCCUCGCAUUGGUCUAACUUUGGACCCGGUCACCAAUACCCCUCGGUACCCAUGGGAAAUCUACAGGGAGGCCUCCCUGGAGCUCAACUGCCGACCGGCGAAGAUAUUGCUGGAGGAGCAUUACCGGCGGAUGAUCCACUGACCGCUGAUCCAUCUAACGACCUGUUCAACUACAUGCUGCAAAACGAGGAUUCGCUUUCGAACCAGGCACCUUCGACCAGCUGGUUCGCAAGGAGCUUGGACAGUAACGAGUCGAGUGAGACAGCGUCUGCCGAAGGCAUGGGAGUAGAAGAUGGCAAUAGAGACGAAACUGAGGGCGAGCGCGAGAAGGCAGAGAACGACGAAAGCCCCCCGAAAGAAAGCAACGAGAACAGUGUCUUUUUGGCAAAGAGAGAGGACAGUAGGAAAGAACAAGGGAAUGAAGAGGCAAAAAAGGAGGCAUUAAAGGCAAAAGAGACACUGGCACACGAACAACUGAAGAAGAAACAUCAUAAGGCAGACGAGGCAAAGGAAGAAGAGGCAAAGAAAGAAGAGGCAAACAAAAGUAAGACAGACGAGGCACUCGAUAAAGAAGAGACAGACAACGGAAAUGAUGACGAAAAUGAGGAGGGCACAAGCAGCAGCGGCACACACAAACUGGAAUCACACAAGAAAGAGUCGCACGCAGAGGAGUCCCACAAGGAAGAGUCCCAUCAAGAGGAGCACACAAGCGCCUAA